AUGAUCCAGACUUGCAUCCUCUCUCGCUUCAUCAUCCCGUUCGUUCAAGCUCAAGCAACAAAUGAUACUCAAUGUACAGCAUCGCCAUCUGGAUCAUACGAUCUCGGACUUCAUAUCACAGCAGUCUUCGUCUUGCUAGUAGCAUCAGCUAUAGGGGUCUUCUUGCCCGUAUUCAUGGCUAAUAACGUAGAUGAAAAGAGCAGUAACGGCAGUAAGAGGGAUGAAUGGGUGAGAAGAGUAUUUUUCGUCAUGAAGUAUUUCGGUACAGGUAUAAUCAUCUCUCUUGCGUUUUGUCACCUCUUACAGGAAUCGUUCGACAACUUCUCAAAUCCAUGUAUCGGUGAACUCGAGUACGGACCAACGGCACCAGCCAUAGCGAUGGGAUCAAUGUUAGUAAUUUGGCUAGUAGACUAUUUCAGUGCUAGAUGGGCGUCGCUUCGAGAUAAGUCUCCACCUCUCGCACAAGUCGAACAGUCUAAACCCACGUCUAUACUUCUAACAUCAACCAACGAAGACUCCAUCCAACCUGCCCCAACUACACCACCGGUAUUCGCAGAUCUAGGCUGUACGCAUGUCCACCGCCCUACCUUGGACGAAAUAGAUCCCAAUUCCCAAAGAGCACACUGGGACGUUCAGCUGUUGGAAGGCGGGAUAGUUUUCCAUUCGAUCAUGAUUGGAGUUACGUUGGGUGCUCAGACGGGAGGGUUCGAAGUUACUUUUGCGGCAUUGGUCUUUCACCAACUGUUUGAGGGUUUAGGAUUAGGUACCAGGAUAGGUGCAUUAGUCUGGAAGAGAAGUUGGACAAAGUGGUUAAUGUGCACUUUGUAUGCUAUAACCACUCCUGUGGGAAUUGCUAUCGGAAUCGGUGUCCAUCAAUCGUUUAAUGAAAAUGGGAAAAGGGAAUUGAUAGCUAUUGGAGUAUUGAAUUCGAUAUCAGCUGGGAUUUUGCUGUACGGAGGACUAUGUCAGCUGUUAUACGCCGAAUGGGUAAUCGGUGAUAUGCGAGAUACCUCGAACGCGCGAGUCUGCUCAGCGCUGAUCGCGCUGUUACUGGGGGUUAUCGCAAUGGCUUUGAUAGGGAAAUGGACGUGA